GGGGGGGGGGAUUCCAUCCGCAACAUGCCGGACGUCGAGGAGAAAGUGCCUCUGAAGGACCCAGGCGAUGCAGAGUGCAGGUCCUGCAAGCUCGAAGCCUCAGCACCGACCGGGGAAAACGAGAGCGGCCCCGAGGACCACCCUCCCUUUCUUUGUAUCACAGGUCCAAUAGACACAGUUGACAACGUUUCUAAGCUAAACAACAAUACUGGAAUGAAUCGUGAUUUCCACAUGGAAGAAAAGGUUUUACCUCCAAGCAGUUUGGAAGGCAAGGUCAAGGAGACAAUGCAUAAUGCCUUUUGGGACCAUCUUAAAGAACAAUUGUCAGCUACUCCCCCAGACUUCAGUUGUGCUCUUGAACUUCUGAAAGAAAUUAAAGAGAUCUUGCUCUCACUGCUAUUACCACGCCAGAACCGCCUAAGAAGUGACAUUGAAGAAGCACUGGACACGGAGCUCCUCAAGCAGAAGGCAGAACAUGGAGCUCUGGAUGUCCCGCAUCUCUCUAAGCAUAUUCUCGACACGAUGACUUUGCUGUGUGCGCCAGUUCGAGAUGAAGCAGUGCAGAAACUAGAGAACAUUACAGACCCUGUUUGGUUACUGAGGGGGAUCUUCCAGGUCUUGGGCCUGAUGAAAAUGGACAUGGUGAACUACACUAUCCAGAGCCUUCAACCCCACCUGCAGGAACAUUCCAUCCAGCAUGAACGGGCUACGUUCCAGGAACUCCUCAGUAAGCAGCCAAGCCUCCUCAGUCACACCACCAAAUGGCUGACCCAAGCAGUGGCAGACCUCACCACACCACUUCCAACUUGCCCUGACACUUCUGACUCCGCCAGUGUGGCCAGCUCCUCUCCGAGCGAGGCAGCCAUCAGCCCUGAGCCCCUCAGCCCUACAAUGGUGCUGUCCCAGGGUUUCCUGAACCUCCUUCUCUGGGACCCUGAAGAUGAAGAUUUCCCUGAGACCCUCCUGAUGGAUAGAACACAGCUGCAGGAGCUCGAGUCCCAGCUGAGCCAGCUAACCAUCCUGGCCUCAGUUCUGCUGGUAGCCAGUAGUUUCUCUGGCAGCGUGUUGUUUGGCUCACCCCAGUUUGUGGAUAAGCUGAAGCAUAUAACCAAAGACGUGAUGGAGGAGUUUAAGUCCAGGCCUGAGGAGGCUAUGCAGACUGUGAGUGAACAGGUGUCUCAGGAAAUCCAUCAAAGCCUCAAGAACAUGGGCCUUGCUGCUCUGAGCAGUGAAAACACAGUGUCUCUGAUAGGACAGCUCCAGAACAUUGCCAAGAAGGAGAACUGUGUCCGCAGUGUCAUUGAUCAGCGGAUCCAUUUGUUUCUCAAAUGCUGUUUGGUCCUUGGUGUUCAGCGAUCUCUGUUAGAUCUCCCUGGAGGCCUUACCGUCAUUGAAGCAGAACUGGCAGAAUUGGGCCAAAAGUUUGUCAGCCUAACGCACCGCAAUCAGAAGGUGUUUGGCCCGUACUACACGGAGAUCCUAAAAACCCUCAUCCCUCCCGCUCAGGCACUGGAAACAGAAGUGGAGUCUCUCUGA